CUGCAGUUCCCAGGAAAUCCUCUGCAGAUAAUCCGCUCCCCUCCCCCCUCGUGCUCAAUAUAUAAAUCUCGGUUCGUUUCCUCAGUACCGAUAGCGUUCUGAAAGCCAACGGCUGAGUGUCCUUGAGUGUCCUUUAGUGUCCUUGAGUGUCCUUGAGUGUUUUUGAGUGUGAUCCGUCUCGACCCGUCGACAUGAAGACCCUUGGCGUUCUCGUUUUAUUCGGGCUGGUCCUGGCGUCGGAGGUGAACAGUGCCCGGUUUUUCCGGGAUGCCGAAGGACGCCCAUCAAGACGUCGUGGAAACAGUGGGUACGGCGGCAGCAUCGGAGGAAGCCACGGCUAUGGCAGUGGCGGUCAAGGAGGUGGUCAAGGAGGUCACGGAGGAGGCUUCGGCGGUGGCAGCCACGGAGGCGGCCAAGGAGGUUUCGGAAGCGGUCAAGGAGGCUUCGGAAGUGGUCAAGGAGGUGGCCACGGAGGAGGCUUCGGUGGUGGCGGUCACGGAGGCGGCCAAGGAGGUUUCGGAGGUGGUCAAGGAGGUGGCCACGGAGGAGGCUUCGGCGGUGGCAGCAACGGUGGAGGCUUCGGCAGUGGCAGUGGGUCCUUGGGAGGUGGUCACGGCAGUGGAUCCUUGGGAGGUGGUCACGGCAGUGGAUCCUUGGGAGGUGGUUUCGGCAGUGGGUCUCAGGGAGGUGGUCACGUUGGAGAUGAUGCCAAAUGAUGCUUGGGCGGUGGCAUUCACUCGUGGAGCGUUGUUCGUGAUGACCAGAGGUAAAGCGACCAAUAGAACGACGGAUCAGUACCUGGACUAG